GAAGGCAGCUUGACCUAAUGCCAUCUAGUAAUUGAGAUUUCCUGAGUUCACAGCUCAACCCUAAACCAAUACCUACCCAUCUAUUACGCAGAAAAGUCCUUCCUCGGUGUUGGGAAAUUGCAUUCACCUGUCUCAGCUGACAUGGGUAGACGACACCUCCGCUACAAACUUUGUCCAACUCCUUCCUUCCUUCCACUCGAGUAAUCAAAACUGCGUCCCGUGGCGGUGCGUUCCGCUGGCCAACUCCACCAUUGUGGCCAAAUGCGCUUCCCCUGUGGAGACCCGCCCCUGAAUCUGAAUGUGGGCGAGUCUCAGGGUGGGCUCUCCCCACCCUCCACCUCUCCACGUCCUUCCCCGGACCUUGGAGGUCCUGAUCCUGGAAGCAAUUUGGGAAAAUUUUAGGCGUGACUCGGGCACUAUUUAAGCGGCUCCAAGGGAGUCAAGUCAGAGCUACCGCUGGGGACGAUUCUUCUUCAAUUCCCCUUCCCGCCCCAGCUUUAUUUCCCCCCUUCCCUUUUUAAGAAAAAGGUGUGGUUCCUUCCAAGAUGGAUUCUUUCCCCCCAUUCAAGCACCGUAAAACCUUCGCCUCCAGGAAAAGUGAAGUGGCCACGAUCCGGAUGAAGUUUCCUGGCAAACUGCCGAUAAUCCUGGAGCGCUACCCCAAGGAGAAAAUGUUGCCAGCCUUGGACAAGACCAAGUUUCUGGUUCCUGAAGACCUCACCAUGGGCCAGUUCAUCACAAUCAUCCGCAACCGAAUGUGCAUCGGGUCCACUCAGGCAUUCUACUUCCUGGUUGACGGCAACCGCAGCCUCGUCAGCAUGUCUUCCACCAUGUCUGAAGUGUACAUGACGUACAAAGAUGAAGAUGGCUUCCUCUAUAUGACCUAUGCCUCUCAGGAGAUGUUUGGCUGAUGGCAAAUGGGUCGCCUUUGGAUCCCGAGUUCCUCGUUUAUUUUGUCUGGGAGAUGUGAUCACCUGCAUUUUGGACACCAACUAUCUCUUCUUUCUCCCCACCCCACCAGAUUAUGGUUUUCUUGGAACGUAGGUUUUGAUCUACCAAGGUGAAACUCACCCCCACCUCCUUGCAGU